AUGGUAAGAAAAGCUGAUGACAGGGGUUGGUCUGAAGAUCAGGAAGGCGUGUUGCAGACAUCAGCCGAGCAACCUGAUAAGCCACAAGAGAACGAGUCUUUUGAAUGUGAGCAGUGCGGAAAGGCCUUUCCAAAGAUGUUUUCUCUUCUUCGACAUAAACGUGUGCAUUCGGUCAUAAAGCAGCACUGUUGUGAAAAAUGCGGGAAGAAGUUCUCGCAAUUAAGAGCGCUAGAAACUCAUCUCCGCAAGCAUAUGCAGAAGUUCGAGAAGAAGAAAUUUCCCUGCGCUACUUGUGGAAAGAGCUUCAAAGAUCUCGCAGCUCAUGAACGGGUUCAUGAGGAAGUCAGACCGUUUACCUGUGAUACAUGUGGACAGGGAUUCACAGUCAAAGGAAGCUUAUAUAUGCACCAGAGGGUGCACACGGGCGAAAAACCGUACACAUGUGACACCUGUGGGAAAAGCUUCUCUCUAAUAGGCACCCUAAACUGCCACAAGAAGUUUCAUUCAGAUGACAGGCCAAUAAAAUGCAGCCACUGCAAUAAGAGCUUCAAGUGCAAGAGUCAUUUGAGGCGCCACCUUCCUGUGCACACCGGUGAGAGACGAUAUACGUGUAAAAUCUGUGGUAAAACAUUUGCGCAUCAUGAAGCUAUGACACGCCACAUCCUCAUUCACACCGGAGAAAAGCCGUACAUCUGUGAAGUGUGCGGUAAAAGAUUUCGCCAGAGAAGCAAUUUAAAAGUCCACAUGCGGGUGCACGAAGAGACACAAUUUAAGUGUGAAAUGUGUGGGAAAACAUUCCAGCAUGAUUUUUUGCUACAGAGCCAUAUUUUAUCACACAAUCAUACUGGAAAUUCAGAAGAAGAGCAGUUUCUGAAUUCCAAGUCCGUGUUAAAAACUCAACUACAGCUACAUUCAGACAACAGCAAACCUUUUACAUGCAAAUUGUGCGAGAAGAGCUACAGCAACAUAUAUAAUCUUCGCAUACACGAGAAGCUUCACUCGGGCGAGACCCCAUUCAAGUGUGAGGUCUGCGGUAAGGCCUACGCUCUCAGAAAGUCCUUUAAAACACAUAUGUUGUGCCAUUCGGGAGAUAGACCUUAUAAAUGCAUAGUAUGCGGGAAAGCGUUCAAGUGGUCUGGCUCUCUGAAAAUGCAUAUGAAGACUCAUACUGAUGAAAAAACGCACAAAUGUGAGACGUGUGGAAAGAGCUUUUGCUUGUAUGGAAAUUUAAAGCGACACAAGCGUGCCCAUGCUGGGGAGAAGCCGUUCAGCUGUAAGGUCUGUGGGGAAGGGUUUGCAGAACUCGACCAUGUCAAAGCACAUAUGCAAAUCCAUACUGGAGUGAAACCCUACACAUACCAGAAGUGUGGGAAGAAUUAUGUAUAUCUUAGGCAUUACAAUGAUCACAAAUGCAAACCUGUAUGAAAAAGAUGUUGUGGUAGGAACUUACAACAACUGCAGGACUCUUUUCAUAUUGUAAUAUUUCCUAGACAAAUGUUUGGGUAACAUUGUGAAGACAUUUAAAUAAAACA